CCAAAGUGCUCUGCGCUGCGCCACAACUCCUAGCAGUUCUUGCGCUUUUCAGCACCAGUGUGCGCCUGGCGCCCUCCCCAGACCAGGCUGCGGAGAGCGUCCACUGACCUAGCCAAGGGUAGAACUCAGAGCAACACCCGCCGGUCCUCUUCCUCCGGAUCUCAAUUCAAAGGGUGGGCAGAGCAGGGCCGGGUGCCCUCCGACCCCCGCAGACGACCCUCAGGCCCCGGCGUACUUUCUAGGGCAGCCCGUCCCCUUUGCAGCCGCUGUUUGGAGAGCUGAAAAAGGGCGAUCGGGCCGGAGGGCUGCCCGAAGCCGCCCAGGAGACUCCUCUGGACGCCAGCUCUGGACUGGGCGGGAGGACUGGAGCGCGCCGGCGUGGUGAGUGGGGGUGCAAAGUUGGGGGCUUGAGCCGCCCGGAGCGGAGCGCGGAGCCCGGCGCGGUGUCCGCGUCUCAUGAAUAUGCACGAGCCACCUCCCUCCCUCCUUGACGUCACGGACCGUCUCGGGGCGAGCUCCGGAGCCGCUCAGGGUCCGCGCCAGUGAGCGCGGCUGCUGCUGGCGAGCGCGCGGCGCGGCGGAGGGCACCGGAGGCCGGGCGCGGCGGCGACGGAGAGGGCACCGAGGCGCACCCUGCGGGCGCCGAGGAAAACCCGCGGCGCGGGGACAUCCGGAGGCGACAGCCGGCGCGGGCAGUAGGUGGCGGCGGCAGCUCGAAGGCGGCUUCGGCGGCGAGGAUGCUGCCCGGGAGGCUGUGCUGGGUGCAGCUCCUGCUGGCGCUGGGCGUGGGGAGCGGCGGCGGCAGCGGGGACAGCCGGCGGCGCCGCCUCCUUGCGGCCAAAGUCAACAAACACAAGCCAUGGAUUGAGACUUCAUAUCAUGGAGUCAUAACUGAGAAUAAUGACACAGUCAUUUUGGACCCACCUCUGGUAGCGCUGGAUAAAGAUGCACCGGUUCCUUUUGCAGGGGAAAUCUGUGCUUUCAAGAUCCAUGGCCAGGAGCUGCCCUUCGAGGCUGUGGUGCUCAAUAAGACAUCCGGGGAGGGCCGGCUCCGCGCCAGGAGUCCCAUCGACUGCGAGCUGCAGAAGGAGUACACAUUCAUCAUCCAAGCCUAUGACUGUGGUGCUGGGCCUCGAGAGAUGGCCUGGAAGAAGUCACACAAGGCCGUGGUCCAUAUUCAGGUGAAGGAUGUCAAUGAGUUUGCUCCCACCUUCAAAGAGCCAGCCUACAAGGCCAUCGUAACAGAGGGCAAGAUCUAUGACAGCAUACUCCAGGUGGAAGCCAUCGAUGAGGACUGCUCCCCCCAGUACAGCCAGAUUUGCAACUAUGAAAUUGUCACAACAGAUGUGCCUUUUGCCAUCGACAGAAACGGCAACAUCAGGAACACUGAGAAACUGAGCUACGACCGGCAACGCCAGUAUGAGAUCUUGGUGACAGCCUAUGACUGUGGACAGAAACCUGCUGCUCAGGACACGCUGGUGCAGGUGGAUGUGAAGCCAGUUUGCAAGCCUGGAUGGCAAGACUGGACCAAGAGGAUUGAGUACCAGCCUGGCUCGGGGAGUAUGCCCUUGUUCCCCAGCAUCCACCUGGAGACGUGCGAUGGAGCUGUGUCCUCUCUCCAGGUCACCACGGAGCUGCAAACCAAUUACAUCGGGAAGGGCUGUGACCGGGAGACAUACUCUGAGAGAUCCCUCCAGAAAUUAUGUGGAGCCUCCUCUGGCAUCAUUGACCUCUUGCCAUCCCCCAGUGCUGCCACCAACUGGACUUCAGGACUGCUGCUGGACAGCAGUGAGAUGAUCUUUAAGUUUGACGGCAGGCAGGGCGCCAAGAUCCCGGAUGGGAUUGUGCCCAAGAACCUGACGGACCAGUUCACCAUCACCAUGUGGAUGAAACAUGGCCCCAGCCCUGGUGUGAGGGCUGAGAAGGAAACCAUCCUCUGCAACUCAGAUAAAACUGAAAUGAAUCGGCACCACUAUGCCCUGUAUGUGCACAACUGCCGCCUCGUCUUCCUCUUGCGGAAGGACUUUGACCAGGCUGACACCUUUCGCCCCGCAGAGUUCCACUGGAAGCUGGACCAGAUUUGUGACAAAGAGUGGCAUUACUAUGUCAUCAAUGUGGAGUUUCCUGUGGUCACCCUCUACAUGGAUGGAGCAACCUACGAGCCAUACUUGGUGACCAAUGACUGGCCCAUUCAUCCAUCUCACAUUGCCAUGCAGCUUACUGUCGGCGCUUGUUGGCAAGGAGGCGAAGUUGCCAAACCACGAUUUGCUCAAUUCUUCCAUGGCAGCCUGGCCAGUCUUACCAUCCGCCCUGGCAAAAUGGAAAGCCAGAAGGUGAUUUCCUGCUUGCAAGCCUGCAAGGAGGGGCUGGAUAUCAAUUCUCUGGAAAGCCUUGGGCAAGGAAUAAAGUAUCACUUCAACCCCUCACAGUCUAUCCUGGUGAUGGAAGGAGAAGACAUCGGGAACAUCAACCGUGCCCUACAGAAGGUCUCCUACAUCAACUCCAGGCAGUUCCCCACAGCAGGCGUGCGGCGGCUCAGAGUCUCCUCCAAAGUCCAGUGCUUUGGGGAAGAUGUAUGCAUCAGUAUCCCGGAUGUGGAUGCCUAUGUGAUGGUCCUUCAGGCCAUGGAGCCCCAGAUCACCCUUCAGGGCACAGAUCGCUUCUGGAGACCUGCUGCCCAGUUUGAAAGUGCCAGAGGAGUGAUCCUUUUCCCAGAUAUCAAAAUUGUGAGCACGUUUGCCAAACCCGAGGCCACGGGGGACCUGAAAACCACAGCCCCCAGAUCAGCAGUCUUGGAAGAAAUGCUCCACAACUUGGAUUUUUGUGACAUUCUGGUGCUUGGAGGGGACUUGGACCCAAAACAGGAGUGCUUGGAACUCAACCACAGUGAACUCCACCAGCGACACUUGGAUGCUACAAACUCCACUGCAGGCUACUCCAUCUACGGUGUGGGCUCCAUGACCCGCUACGAGCAGGUGCUGCGUCACAUCCGCUACCGCAACUGGAGCCCAGGCUCCCUCGAGUCUCGGCGGUUCCGAAUCAAAUGUUCAGAACUCAAUGGGCGCUACACUAGCAACGAGUUCAAUUUGGAGGUCAGCGUGCUACAUGAAGUCAGAGUCCCAGACAAGGAGCAUGUCAACCACCUUAUCGUGCAGCCGCCCUUCCUCCAGUCCGUCCAUCACCCCGAGGCCAGGAGUAGCAUCCAGCACACUUCAGUGGUCCCGAGCAUCGCCACAGUGGUUAUCAUCAUCUCCGUGAGCAUGCUCGUGUUCGUUGUGGCCAUGGGUGUGUACCGAGUUCGGAUCGCCCACCAACAUUUCAUCCAAGAGACUGAGGCUGCCAAGGAGGCUGAAAUGGACUGGGAUGACUCUGCACUGACCAUCACCGUCAACCCCAUGGAGAAACACGUAGCCCCAGGGCAUGGGGAAGACGAGACUGAGGGAGAGGAGGAGGAGGAAGAGGCCGAGGAAGACAUCAGCUCCAGCAGCAGCGAGGACAACAGUGAAGAGGAGGAGGAGGCGGGGAUGGGCAGAGGCAGACACGGGCAGAGCGGCCCCAGGCAAGCCCAGCUGGAGUGGGAUGACUCCACACUGCCCUACUAGUGCCUGCAGUUCCACUGCCCAGCCCACGUGUCCCUUUUGUAAAGCCCGCCCGACCCGGUGUCUGCCUGAGCCAGUCACACUCACCUCUGAUCUCUGUGACAGCUCUGGGAAGGCCUCUGCAACUUCCUCAAACCUGCCCGUGGGCAGCUCUCUGAAGCUCUGUGUCAUCAUCGGUGGGGACUUCAGGAUGGACUUUUUCCUGUAGCCCCCACUCCUCCUGCCCUGGGUUCACCUAGCAUCCUGUGAGUCACUCUGCAGAGUUAUGAACACCUUGCUCUUUUCGGUAAAGGACAAGGUCCACCUUUACGUCUCUCAGCUCCCCAGGCUCAGGGUUCCUGAGGCCCUCAGGUUCCAACUCCCAGUUCACAUCUCUCUCUACUCACAGCAGAAGGUCCUCCUUGUGCUCACUCUGCAGGUUCCUUUGUGCAGGGAAGGAGGUGGAACUUUAUACAGUAGGGCCUUAGGGCUGGACACUUGACAGAAAAGUGCUUGUUGAGACAGACUUGAGUUUACAGGGAAAGAUACACGCACGUACAUACUUCCCAGCUUGGAGAGCCUUUCCCUGUGCUUCUUGCUGAAGCCACAUAAAUUUAUAUGACAAGUUCAAAAGCAAGGAUCAGUCCUUGGCCACAAGCAGACCCUAUCCUCCACCAAAGGAGCCCGACUGCCUAAGGAGCACUGAGACCCAUGUGGCUGCCCUCCCCGGGGCACUUACCACACAAAACUACCAGACACUGGAAGUGUUCCAUACAGGCACUGCCCUGGUGACAGCCACACCAAGGUCACAGCCAGAAGUAGGAAAAGGGCUGACAGAUGACACGGUAGGGUCUCAUGGAAGAUGCAGAUGUGGAAGACAGCAGAGGGACUGAUGGGCUCCCUGGGACCAAGGCAGCCCCUAAGGUUGACAGGGCUUUCACCACCUCACCUCCUUCUCCCUUAUCUCUUGUGUUACAGUGUCUUACUCUUGAGAAAACAUUGCCCUUCGCAAAUGUACUAGAACGUUCACAAACUCCACAUGUCCAAGAUGAAAGUUUGGAAAUCUAACUGCUGGGAAUGAGCAGCGUAUUUGUAACAAUAGCAGUCGCUUCUUUCUUUUUCUCAUAAAAGGAAGAAUGCUUUGCAUAGAGGGCAAAUAUAUUCAAAACCUUAAUUUUUCUUUCUUCUUUUUUCAAUAAGGGAGUCUUUUCCAUCUCCAUUCCAACAUACACACCUCGUGAAGAGAACUGUUGCUAUAGUAACAAGUGGGUGAUUUUUGUGACCAAGAGAAUAGCAGGCAAGAAUUAAGGCUGUUAGAAACCUUCCAUGAGGCUGUAAGGACAUGUUUGUUUCAAAUGUCUUGGGUUCCUGUUUGUCCUCAGAAUGCACGAGCUACCCACCUCCUCCCAUUCCACCCCAAGCCCAUCCCAUGUUGUUUUGACACAGGCACAAAGCUGGUCCCCAGUCAGUGGCAUUCAAGUUCAACAGAAGGAUCAGCAUCUGCUUAGUGUCUUUUUUGUGUCAUCCAAUUAGAGAACAUAAGUAGGGGGACCACAACCAAUGUCCAACCUCCACUCAGUAAAGAUACACAAGAGGCCUUUCCAUGCUUCUGACUGGCGAGAGCUACCUUGGACAGCUCUUUCCAUUCCUGAAGUGUUUUGCAUCAUUUCCCUCCUUUGAACUUCCCAAUAGUCCUGUGAAAUAUUGGACACAUCUUUUGUUAGACACCUUUUUGUGAUGUGUAAACCGAGGCUCAGAGAUUCAGUGUCUUACUCACAGUUAGUCAGAGGUAUAGAUAAGUUUGGGCCCUUACCCUCCACUCUUGAUCUGGGAUUCUACUUAUGUUCAUACUGAUGUACUUAACAGGCAUUCUGAGAGCCUAUUUUGUGCUAAGCAUUCUACCAGAAGCUGUGGGAAAGCGAUAUAGCAAAAUGAGUUAAGCCCUUCCCUCCAGAGUACGUGAUUGCCACACAAGAGGCCUAGAAGUGGGCAUAGAAAUGAUACAGUGCAUGAAGAGGAAGGGGGAGGAGAAGUCACAGGAAGAAGAGGGACAUAUUCACACCCCAGCUAGUGCUCUGUUCCCUGCUUGGGAAUAACAAUGGAAGGAGCUUGAGAUUUUAUAUUCAUUGCCAGGAAAUAAACACAGUUCCUAUGAAUCAUCCCAACCACACUCCCCUUUCCUACCAGGUCAUGUCUGCACACCCAUAGGGAGAAAAUCCGCAGGGUUGGUCAGGCUGUACAAUCUCACUAUUUCAAUAAAAACAGCUUCUUCAGUCAGGUAUUUAGGAACUCCUGAGUUCUACCAAAAUUAUGGCAGUAAAAGGAAAACUUUCUAUGUUUAAAACUAAGCCCUUUUUUCACUAGGUUUUGGUUGUGAAUAUUUAAGUCUCAGGUUUCUGAGAGCACAUUUCUCUCCACUCUGUCUUUCCAGCUUGGUUGGGUGGGGAGGGCAUUUCUCGUACCCUGAGGCUGCAUUAAUCAUGAUUCGGUAGGCUGUUUGGAACAUUAGGAAAUCUAUAUGUGUUUGGGCUGCGUGGCAGAUGAAAGUGGCACUUGACUACAGCAACAAAUAUGUGUCAUUUGAGGAACCUUUGGUGACUAGACUCAAAGACACAAUGGUGACAACAAACCACAGCCCUUUCCCUGUACUUCGGCUGCAAGAGGCUACUGUGCACGCCAGCUCCAAAGAUGUGGCACUUGAAAUAUGCCGCUGGGUCAACAGGCAUUUAUCCUGUUCUCAGUACCCUAUUCAUUACCACAGAUAAAUAAGCUGACAGCUUCCGGAGGUAUCCAGAUGAGUGAUUGGUAAUAUAAUUUGCCCUGCACCUGAUAUUCUGGCCAUAAAUGAAAAAUAUCAUUAAUAAGUCUGGCAUUUUCCAGUCUGUGUGUGCUGGCAUUUUGGGAACCAAAAUUCUCAGAUGGCCUGGAUACCCUGUGACCUCUCAUUCAGACAUCUACAGCCAGGCAGGUGCAGUUUCAGACCCAUGAAUAGCAGCUAACUGGGUUGGCCCCAGGCCAGUCCGUUGCUGUCUUAGUAAGUGGAUGACAUCACAAGUUUGCUCCUCAGAGCUAGAAAACAGCCACUUUGAAACCUCUGAGGUGACCCAGAUGACAGGAAAAAGGAGAGCAAGGAAGCUCAGAUUGCACAAGGCCAGGACACAAUGCGUUCCCCAGUGGAAUAAAGCAAUAGCCUAGUUGGUGAACUGUCUUAAGAAGUACUAACAGUAUAUUCUACCAGAUUUAAUCAAAUGCUGUAAGGUUGGCCAAGGCCCAAAUUCAUUUAAAUACAAAAACAUAAUUUCAUGGGCUCCGUUUUCAUUACCACUUUCUUGAAUUUACUUAAUUCUGUAGUGCACUGUAUAGACCGAAGCCCUCUGUAUUUAACAAGGGCUAUCCCUGUAGACAUGGAUUCCCCAGGAAAACAGUGUCCUCCAUUCCUGUGUGUCACAGGUCAGCAAACUGUAUCUGCAGACAGCCAAAUAGUAAAUAUUUGUGCCUCAAGACCAUGUGGUUUCUGUUACAAGUACUAGAUUCUGCCUUGUAGCAUGAAAGCAACCACAGACAACACACAAAUGAAUGCUCCAGUGAAACGGUAUCCAUGCAUCAAUAAAACUUUACAUAUGGGCAAUGAAAAAGUAGGCAACCUGAAUUCACAUCAUUUUCAUGUCAUGAUUCUUUUUUACUCUUUUGAUUUUUAUUUCCAACUACUCAAAAUCAUAAAAACCUUUCUUGGUCCACAAACCAUAUGAAAACUAGCAGUCAACUAGAUAACCAGACGUGGUCUGAGGGCUGCAGUGUAAACGGAAGGAAAAAAAAAAAAAACCUUCCUUUCCUAGAAGAAACAAACUGUUAUCUUAGUCCUUCCAUCAACAGCUCACUGGUCUUUGCUUGUAAAUUGAACAGCAGGAAAACGCCAUAGUUCUUCAUCAAGCUCUUUCAGACGUUCGUGCUCCAGGGGAAACAAAAGCAAACAGAAACAAGACAAAACCAACAAAAACACAUGUUAUUUUUGAACUGACAAACUCAGAUGAAUAUUCCUAAGGGCCGAAGACCUUGGAUCCAGGGAACUGAUUAACUACUGCGCGCUAACUCCACGGAGGCAACUGUUAGCCCCCCAGGCUCAGCCUGAUUUCCAUCUCAGCUCUGCUCACGCCGUGGAUCUAAAAAUGAUCCUAAAGACUUGUGACUGUUUGAAUCAAUAGCAACAUGAUCAGCAGAAAGUACAAUCCAGCGCACUUGAAAAUGAGCAGUUUUCUUGGCUCUCUGACUCAAUAUUAGCAAGAGGAAGGAAAAGAGCAUUGUUUCCUAAUCAUCGUCUCACUGAAAUUAACCAACUAGGUUUUACCGACAAGUAAGGGAGUAGGUCUAAUCCUUUGAAAGAAACUGUCAGUGAAAAGUAGAUGAUGUGCACAUACAAUAAUUUUCCGGCCUCUGGGGGAUUCCUCAGCCUCCCGCAGUGUGCUCUGGCAGGCUGUGGAUGUACACCCGUCUCUAUCUGCAUCAGGCAUUUAUCAGCGCUGACAAGCCAAAACCCUCGGCUUAAUUUAAUUUUCAUGUAACCACUUUCUGUUGUCCAGCUGAAGGCAAAGGAAAUGAGCAAUGAAAGUUUUGAAGUCUA